GCCACCGUAGCGCUUUCAUCGUUUGACAGCAGGGUUUGUUUUACAGCACAAAACAACAAGGAUGAAGAUUUCAAGCGACGAUGCGGCAACAGAGAUAACCGAGGAGACGUUUAGGUAGCUGAAAGCCUGUCGGCUUUAUCUCUGUCUCCAGGCGUGUGCUACGAAAUUAUCGCCAGGCAACUUGAAUAUCGACUAAACUGCAGAUGAACGUCUGUGCCUUAAGUGUCGCUGGAUUUGUUGUUGUUAGCUGCUAAUGCUAACCAUAGAAGUUGCGAGCUAGCUGGCCUGGCUAGAAAAGAUCCUGGCUAGAAAAGAUCAUUAGAAUAGUCGGACAACGUUAUGUUUGAUUUACAUAAUGCUGUCCGGCGAGUAAACUCGGUGUUGUGCAGCUGAUGGAGCAGCUAACCUUGGCUUCAGUAGUUCAAGAACUGCAUCAUUGGUUAAGCGUUUGAAGUAACGUUACCAACCGUAACGAUAGUAGUUAGCUUGCCAGUUAGCCACCACUUUCCUUGGAAGAAUGAGUAGAAAACACCAUCAUAUUAAAGGGGCAGAAGUCAGCUGCUGCGUGAAAUACUUCUUAUUUGGAUUCAACAUUUUAUUCUGGUUACUAGGAGCAGCAUUCUUGGGCAUUGGCCUGUGGGCAUGGGCGGAGAAGGGCGUGCUGUCCAAUCUGUCAUCCAUCACGGACCUUGGCGGCUUCGACCCUGUGUGGCUCUUUAUUGUCGUCGGAGGGGUCAUGUUCGUCCUGGGCUUUGCUGGCUGUAUCGGAGCACUCAGAGAGAACACCUUUCUGCUUAAGUUUUUUUCUGUGUUCCUGGGUUUGAUCUUCUUCUUGGAGCUAACUGCGGGGAUCCUUGCCUUCGUCUUUAAGGACUGGAUCAAAGACCAGCUCAACUUUUUCAUCAACAAUAAUGUCAAGGCCUACCGCGAUGACAUCGACCUGCAGAAUCUCAUUGACUUUGCCCAGGAAUAUUGGUCAUGCUGUGGAGCUCACGGACCCGACGACUGGAACCUGAACAUCUAUUUCAACUGCACUGAUCUGAACCCCAGUAGGGAGCGCUGCGGAGUUCCCUUCUCCUGCUGUGUCAAAGACCCUGCAGAGGAUGUGAUCAACACACAGUGUGGUUAUGAUGUUCGACUUCAAGGGGAGCUGGACCGGCAGAAAUACAUUUAUACCAAGGGCUGUGUGGGACAGUUUGAGAAGUGGCUUCAGGACAACCUGAUUAUUGUAGCUGGUAUCUUUGUUGGCAUUGCACUUUUACAGAUUUUUGGGAUCUGCCUUGCUCAAAACCUGGUGAGUGAUGUCAAAGCUGUCAAAGCCAACUGGUGACGGUGACUGGUGGUGAGUGCAGGUGAAGUGAGGGAGCCCCGCCCCUCAGGCGCAGCCCAGUCGCAACACAGCACACGAACCGUAGAGCCAAGAACGUUCUGUCUACUUUGCCACUGAGCUAAGCAGCACACACGCACUCUCACACUUGUAUACGUGCAGACACAAAGAGUUUACCUCCCUGUUUAUCAGUGACACUUGAAGAGGAAGAAGAAUAUCUCACACAAACCAAACAGUCAUCACUUUGUCUACCACUCAGCUGGGAUUUUAACCCAAAUAUACAGAGGACGGUCUUGCCUGGUUCAAAGUUAGAUUUUUCUUCCGAUUUUGUUCUUCAGACGAGUGUAUUUAUGGGGUACAGUUGCACAAGGACCCCUCUCUACUGGGAGAUUGGAAGCCAUGAUGAAAGCAGGAGACAAACAAAAACAAAGGAAAUGGAACAAAGAGUCUGCUUCUUUAUUUUUUUUUUUGUUACAUUGUCACAGAGCCUCUGUCCACUCAGUGAGGGGCUGAACAUCUCCAACAAACAAGGCUGUUUUUAACAUGCUUAUCCCCACUUCCUGCUGCAGGGAUGCGGAUGGCUGGCCAGCUGGCCAACAAACACAUGAAUUCUUCUGGGUGUCCUUUUUCUCCAUCGUGACCUUUAAUGACCACUGAAAAUACUCUGAACACUGUCUGGUCAAGUCUGCAACUUCAGAUCAUUUCAGGCGAUCUCACCUCAAAAUGUAAAAAGUGCCAUUAAUUUCCUCUGUGUCUCCUUCCUGUUCUUUACAUGGACUUUCUGCACCCCACCCCACAAUACCUCAGGGCCUGGCCGAAAAUAUAUGCUUUCUGCCACUGGUUAAAAGCAUAUCUAUUUUUCUCCAUCCAUGUUUGUUGAAUUUAGAUUUAACGCAGAAAAACACUGACAGUUCCUUGAAAGUUGCCCUGUUCGCCCUGCGGUGAUUGUAUUAUCCAUUGAUUUACUGAAGGAUAUUGUAUUAUAUAUUCUAUAGAAUCGCCUGGUGUGGUUAGGAUUGUAGGUCUAUGCUAAACAGGGAAAAGGUUUAAAUGAUAGUUGAGAUUGAUGUUUAUCUCUGAGCAUCCCUCAGGCACAUGGGAUUGCUGGUUUGGGGCCUUUUUACUUGAUGUUAUGUUACCACAUUUGUCUUAUAUUUUGUUCGCUGCAAAUUGAAAUAAGAACAUAUGUCUCUUUACUUCCUGUCCUUUCAUAUACACAGAUUUUGAUUCUGGGUUCAUUGUGGGUACCUGUUUUACCUCUGAACCAUCAGUCAACUGCUUCUUAUUAUUGAUGUUGUAGACCAAAUAAUAUCAGCUGGCUACAAGCUAACUGCCAAGGUUUUGUCUCACUACAAUUCUGAUUUUGUUGGAAAUGCCAAGAGUAAGAAAAAACAUUUCUUGAUAGCCAAAAUGUGAAUUUAUUGUCCCUUUUUGUUUGGGAAUUGCCAGCUGAAAUGAGAAAUCAAACAAAAAUUUAAAAUGUUACAGUAUCACUUUUAUCUUUUAGUUCAAUGUUGUGUCUUUUGUUUGGACUGGAUUUUAAAUAGAGUGUAAAUACAAGCUGUUACCUUUUGAUAUUAGCAACAGCCUCAAUAUAACAUGAAUGCUGCUUUAACUUUGACUAUUAAUAUGUAGUACAGUAACCAAGCUAACAGCAAGUGUCACAUGAUGGCAUUUGAACAAUUUGCCAUGUUAUACUUUCCAGACUGAGGGAAUAUUCUGAUUAUUUCUCCCAAGUUUACACUACUCCAAUUAUGUUGCCCUUUGUGUUGUUCAUUAUGGGGGGGGAAAAACCCCUCUUGGAUCACAUUAUAGGUUGCCCUCACAGCUUUUCGUCGUGUCCAUGAUCCUCACAGAAUGUAGUUUCUGAUAUGACUGGGUUCACUUGAUCAUGUUGUACAUUUUUGUCUGCAUUUAACCACUACAGUUGUUUCUGGUUGUAGCAGUAUCAUUCAGAUACACUGCACAGGCAGGAUUUGGGUGGGAUUUACUCAACCACGCACACACAGCUCCAUAUACAUACACACGUACACACAAAAGCAUGUUUGGAAUUGCAACGCACAGAAGUUGAAAGAUGAGUAGCAUUAAUAUUCUGCGCCGAAACUUUUCCUGCUUCAGAGUCUGUCUGUAGAAUAUGAAAAAAAAAAAAAAAAAUAUAUAUAUAUAUAUAUAUAUAUAUAUAUAUGAGCUCAUUCAGUAACGGCCCCUUAUCAUCGCCUGCUGUGCGUACAUGUCACAUGUUGCUUUGGCAAGCACUCUUCAAAACACUACCUGAUCUGACUGCACCUGUUUCAGAGCCUGUCAUUUUGAAGUAUUUUUAAACACUGUGCUCAUUCUGUAGGAGGGUAAAAUAGAGAAAACAUGAGACAGAACAACAGUCAUUUGACAAGGAUGGAUCCAGUGGGGCACAAUGCAUCUGUACAGGGGUGACAGAGUGGUAAUGACUUCUCUCAGUUGAAAUUAAUGAGUUUCUAUAGGAGGAGCUUAUUCACAGCAGCGCUUUAGGUGUAAUCAGUGAGUUAAUCUGAGAGAGUUUUUUUCCCUCCCUUCAGUUGCCAUGUUUGCCUGAUAUCUGACAUGAUUUCCUCUCUUCUUUUUGUAAUAUUUUUACCCUGUUAUUCUAAACAUGUGUGGGCCUCUUUGAUUCCAUGUAAAUCAAUUGGUCUCACUCGAGUCUAGAAGAUCAGGAUGGAACCAGUGUUUUCUUUCCCCUCCACACCUUAAUGUAGUUUAAUCUUUUGAAAAGUGGGUUGAAGCAGAUAAUGUGUGAUUCAUUAGUUCAGCAAACCUUUUGAAGUAUUUUCAUUGUUUUUUUUUCUUAAAUUGCUCUUAAUUGGAAGUGUUUGCUCAGGGUCUUAAACACCCCUUCCUCUCAUACAAAAAACCCAAAACAAACAAACCCUCUUUGCUUAUGCAUGCGAGAAGAUUCUGCGUUGUAUGUGAUAAAAUGGAGGGCCCGCUGCCUUUUGAGUGAUGCUGAGGAUCUGGCUGAAGGCAGAUGGAGGCCAUGGGUGUCAGUUCUGCUGCAGUACAGAGCUGCAGCUCUUAAACAAAAAUCUCUCUCUCUCUCUCUCUCUGUCUGUCUGUCUGUCUGUCUGUCUGUCUCUCUGUCUGUCUGUCUGUCUCUCUGUCUGUCUCUCUGUCUGUCUGUCUGUGUCUCUCUCUGUGCGCAGCCACCGCGCCAUGUCUGGAUGGAUAUGCCAAUAAUCAGACAGUCACCUUGGUAAUAAGGACAAUAAUUCCAUGAUUAUCGGCCGUAGCAGUGUGGCAGGACUUUAAUAUGCAGACUCUGCAAAGGUGACUUACUGGAGUAUGUUUGUUUUAACAGCUUUUGGGUAAUUCUGCCUUUGUAUUCCUUUAAUGUCGGGGAAAGGGGGAGGGAGAAAUGAUGCUAAUUAUGCUUUGUCCUUUAUCAUAAUGGCCUUGCAUCAUGAAACACCCUCUUAAUUUCUCUGCUUUCCCUGUGGGCAGUUAAAUCAUUCCCGAGGAGGAGCCUUAUGCAUACCAUGAAUGUAUAAGUCUGUAUCAGCAUGGACCUGCGUGCUCCACGCUCUGUUAGAAAUUCUUGUUACCCUUAUGCAGCACAAUGCACAAGACAGAUGAAGUUUGGGAAUGUGAAAUAAAGAUGUUUAAAUGUUGUUUUUACAUUUUAAAAUUUGUUUUAACAUGCAUUAAAGUAGAUUAUCAUUCCGUUUGUUCUGUUCCCGGGCGUGUGUGCGGACUUAUGUGGGGAUUUUAUAUGCAAUCACAAAGCAUUUUAAUCAUCAGAAACUACCAGUUAAUCUUAAUCUCUCUUCAGUAGCUGUACACAGUGUGGAGGAUUUCUAAAUAUCAUUAAAAUCACCACUUUCGUCCAGGUUUUGAUAAUCCAGUCUUGAUAUGAAACUUCUUUUGCUACAUGUGAGUUUCUGAAUGAUUAGACUGAACUUUUAAAUAUAUUUCCUUCAUGCAUAUAAUAAAAAGUGACUGUCAUUGUGGCUCUGAUAAUCUGUCAUGUGAUCCUCUGCCAGCUAUAAAGUCUGCUAAUGUCUUGAGGCAUUUGUGUUUAUAUUUCUUACAAAGAUGAGUAGCACAUCAGACGUUUUUCAAGUCUUACCUCAUCGUGUGCAGACGCCAGUCACAUCAGAGCACAGAAAAGCAGCGUAAUUUACUUUUUUGUGUGCAUAUUAACAGCAAUAUCACAGUUGUUAGUACUGACAUUUCCAUACGAGGUCAUGGCAUUUGAUCAAGACACAAGCGUGGGCUGACUGUAAUGGAAAGGCGUUUUAAGUUGUUUUUUACAGAUUAGCUCACAGUUGAAGAAUAUGAAUACAGUAGUUAAUGAUCUUUUAGCCACACAGAAACCACUAUAAAUAUCUGUUUAAUCAGCUGGCCAACAAAAACCUUUCUUCUCAGUUUUACUAACAGUCCGCUCGGAUGGGAAGCCUUGUAAGGAAAUGUAUAUGAAAACUGUGGGACAUGGUCUGUUACACUGUAUAUUGUGUUAAAAUAUGCCUCUUUCAUAUAUUAAAUGCUUUAUGAAAACA